AUGAUUCCACUCUUGAUGCUCUUCAUCCCAUUCCUCAUGGUUGAUGAGACAGCUGCUGGAGGAGCAGCCCCAUUCAAAGAUCUGAAUGAUAAAGAUUUAAUUUCUUUGAUGCGUAGAGUUGUCAUAGAGCAAAAUAAGAAGAAUAAUACAAAAAUCAAGUUUGUUAAAGUAUUGGAAAUGACAUCCCAAAUUGUUUCUGGAACAAUAUGGGAAGGAAAGAUCAAAACAUCAGGCGGAAUCUAUCAAGUUCGUGUUUGGGAAAAAUUAUUAAAUAAUGAAUUCGAAAUCGAAGAAUUUAAAAAGAUCAAAGCUUGA